CUUUUUUUUUUAUAUAUCUUUUAUAUAUAUAUUUUUAUUGUUGUUUAUUUUUUUUAUAUUAUUAUUUUAUCAUUAUUACCGUUAUUACUCAUUGAUCAUACGACACUCGAUUUUACACCAUUUCUUUAUCACCAAAGAACACUUAUUAUCUUGUUAUUCGAAAACGAUCAGAGAAAUACCCCGACCACAAUGAUGAACAAUGAUGAUGACAUUAUAAUGAAAAAGAACGAUCUUAUUCAACAAGCAACCACUAGGUUACGACGAAGACAAUUGGAAGAACAACUCUUGGAUAUGAUGUCCAAUGUGACGGAAAUGGAAUCAUACUCAAAAUAUCUUUCUGGACAAAUCUCUAUAGCUAUGGUGACAACUCGACGUUUAGCACAAUAUGAUAUUCAUCAACAACAUCAACAAAUGGAUCUUUUGGAACAACAAAUCAAGUUACAUCAAACUAUGUUACAACAAUGGAUGCCAUCAGUCUGUACGACAACCAAAAAUGGAAAUCUGUCCGAUGAUAACGGUUUGCAUCAUGAAAAUAUCAACAAUCAACAUCUUGAUUAUAAUUAUAUUCAUCAUUAUGAUGUUGAUAAUAACGACGACGACGACGAUGAUGAUGAUGAUGAUGAUGAUCAACAAUCAAAGACGAUGAACAUGUCACGACUAUCUUCUUUAUCAAUGAUCUCAUCCUUAUUUAGCAAGCCCGUUAGUAGUGCCACUAGUGUCAGUGAAUUCACCAGUAGCGAUGAUGAUCUAAAUGACAUUAAUAUGGAAGAUGAUCAUGCGUUUGGUAACACUACAAAAUCAACGGUAGAACAACAAUGGAAUCGAAUUCAUCGUUACAAAAGACGAAUGCGUAUUAAGCAACAUCGACAACGACAUCAACAUCGACAAAUGAUUGAACAAGAAGAUAAAGAUGAUGUUUUAGCUGAUCUUUCCAUUGCCAGUAUAUCUCUUACGCCAACGCAACAUCGUUAUGAUCAGUAUAAAUCCUCAACCACAGCCGCCACUCAAGCAUCUUCGAUUAUAUGGCCAUCGAUAAAUCAUCAGGACGCCGAUUAUGAUCAUCCUUACCCUUAUGGAAACAAUAGAUCAUUGAAAAAUCUUGAUUUAUAUUCUCAAUCCAAUUAUCCUCAUAGCAAUAUCAGUGAUUCCAGUAUGUUUACCGACACCAUGUUACCACCUUAUCAUCCUAUGGAUACCGAUGCCUUGAAUCAACAUCAACAAAGAGUACUGGACGAAGCAAUGGACUUUAUAGAUCAACUGGAUACAGUGGCAAGAAAAGUCAAUGAAGAUAAUGAUGAUGAUGUAUACAACGAACAAUUCUUUCAAGAGAUGACGUUUUUAUUGGAUCAUCCAGAUCUUUGUCAACAACCCAUGGAAGCACCUUUAUUGGAAGAAGAACAACACUAUGAUCGACAAUGGACUCAUAUUAACGAAAAGGGAAAUGAUUCUUAUGUAUCCCAAUCAACAGUAGCGCAUGGGCCCUCCUCUCCUUAUAUUCACAAUUUAUGCAACUCGGGUUGGCAAUGGUGUCGAUUCCUUAGUGUCUUAUCUGCCUCUUAUAUGGUUAGUCUACUCAAGGGACCUGAUGAUUUGUUAUUAAAUUGAAUGGAUCAAGGAUAAUCAGAUGUCUUUCUUCUUAUUCUUUUUACCUUCGUUAUAUAUUUAUAUUAGUUUACAAAUUCAAAUUUAUGUGUAUAUGUUUAUUUUUUUAUUCGUUUUAUUACCUUUUUUAUUACAACCCAACCCCUCUCCUUCAUAUACUUCUCCUCUUUAUAUAGUAUACUGCCCUUUUUUUUUAUGAUCCCUCC